ACCUGAAUCACACACACACACACACACACACACACACACACAUUAAUAAUCACUGACUGUCUGCAAAUAUUUUAUGUAAAAGCAAAUAGAACCACAAUCUUAGAAAAACUGUUUGAUCUAGAACCUUGAAGGGUUCUUUGGCUUGUCCCUCUUGGGGAACCUGCUAAAGGUUCUGUUUAGAACUCUACAAGUGUUUCCUGAUCACAGAAGGUUCCACAUAGAACAACUUUAGGAAGCUAAGAACCCGUAAGAAGAAGAAGUCAGUCUCAGUGAAGGAGGUGUGGCCUCUGUAUCUGUCAGUCUCACUGAAGGAGGUGUGGCCUCUGUAUCUGUCAGUCUCAGUGAAGGAGGUGUGGCCUCUGUAUAUGUCAGUCUCAGUGAAGGAGGUGUGGCUUCUGUAUCUGUCAGUCUCAGUGAAGGAGGUGUGGCCUCUGUAUAUGUCAGUCUCACUGAAGGAGGUGUGGCUUCUGUAUCUGUCAGUCUCAGUGAAGGAGGUGUGGCCUCUGUAUCUGUCAGUCUCAGUGAAGGAGGUGUGGCCUCUGUAUAUGUCAGUCUCACUGAAGGAGGUGUGGCUUCUGUAUCUGUCAGUCUCACUGAAGGAGGUGUGGCCUCUGUAUAUGUCAGUCUCAGUGAAGGAGGUGUGGCCUCUGUAUCUGUCAGUCUCAGUGAAGGAGGUGUGGCCUCUGUAUCUGUCAGUCUCACUGAAGGAGGUGUGGCCUCUGUAUCUGUCAGUCUCACUGAAGGAGGUGUGGCCUCUGUAUAUGUCAGUCUCACUGAAGGAGGUGUGGCUUCUGUAUCUGUCAGUCUCAGUGAAGGAGGUGUGGCCUCUGUAUCUGUCAGUCUCAGUGAAGGAGGUGUGGCUUCUGUAUCUGUCAGUCUCACUGAAGGAGGUGUGGCCUCUGUAUAUGUCAGUCUCAGUGAAGGAGGUGUGGCCUCUGUAUCUGUCAGUCUCAGUGAAGGAGGUGUGGCUUCUGUAUCUGUCAGUCUCAGUGAAGGAGGUGUGGCUUCUGUAUCUGUCAGUCUCAGUGAAGGAGGUGUGGUUUCUGUAUCUGUCAGUCUCAGUGAAGGAGGUGUGGCUUCUGUACAUAUGUGUUUUUAUCUUAUAAACAUGUUGUGUGUGUGUGUGUGCGCGCGUGUGUAUGUGUGUGUGUGUGUGCGCGCGUGUGUAUGUGUGUGUGUGUGUGCGCGCGUGUGUAUGUGUGUGUG